GUCCCGGGGAGGGGACCCCAGGGCGGGACCCGCUCCCGCAGGACCCCCGCGGCCCGCCCCAGCGCAUGCGCAGCAGGACGCGUUGCCGGCGCUUCCCUACCGCGCAGGCGCCGUGCGGAGACAAGAUGGCGGCGCCCGUGGACCUGGAGCUGAAGAAGGCCUUCACCGAGCUGCAGGCCAAGGUGAUAGACACGCAACAGAAGGUGAAGCUGGCCGACAUCCAGAUCGAGCAGCUGAGCAAGACGAAGAAGCACGCCCACCUCACCGACACGGAGGUCAUGAUGCUGGUGGAUGAGACCCGCAUGUACGAGGGUGUCGGGAGGAUGUUUAUUCUUCAGUCUAAAGGAGUGAUUCAUAACCAGCUUUUAGAAAAACAGAGAAUAGCCGAAGAGAAAAUUAAGGAAUUAGAGCAGAAGAAGUCGUACCUGGAGCGGAGCGUGAAGGAAGCGGAAGAUAACAUCCGGGAAAUGCUGAUGGCCCGAAGGGCGCAGUAGCUGUGCAGUUACCCCCGGGCCUCCUGCGCCACCCUCUGGGUGGUUUUGGGCAGUUCUGCUUGCACGCUGCUCACUGCCGCCCAGCUGCGCCAGCUCCAUCCUGUGGCAGUUUCAAUAAAACUGCUGCGAAGCCUGA